GGGCGCUCCAGAUGGGUCGGAGAGGAGAUGUAUCCAUGGACAGCGACCCGUCCGGAGGACUCACCGGCCCGACUUCUUCCCCAGAGUCCGCCAUCGAAGAUAAAAGGGACAUUAAGGGCAUGGCGGGGGGGCAAUGCUUGGUCAUAACCAAUCAAAUGAAAUCGGAGGGCCGGUUCCUUCUGGAAGAGGAAACAUCGAUAUGCGGGAAAGGGGAUCUCGCAGACGGCGGCAUUUACACCGCUAUCAACGUGACGCUCAGACGCUAUCCGCGCGCACACGUCAAGGAGGAGCCAGUCGAGUCUGACGAAGGAAGGGGCCGCUCGGACGGCACAGAGACGGAAUAUAUGACUGUUGUUAUUAAGGAGGAUUCGACCGAGUACGACCAUGAACGUUUCCAAAGCUUCGGCUCUUCUGCACCCACAGGAUAUGCAACCGUUCCGAUGAAGGAAGACUCUUGGGAUGGAGGACACCUUGAAGACACCGAGUCACGUUCACCCGCUGAACGCUCCCAUACGGAGUACGCAUCUAUUCGUGUCAAGGAGGAACCGGCUUCACGCAACGAGGAAGACUCCGCAGACUCCGCCUUGGACACGCGAUCGGAUUUAUCUCCCAAUCGCGAGGAGCCUCCAAAGGAUGGCCGCGCUGAAGAAAGCACUGAUGAUAAUGUCCCCGGCAGAAAGUUUAACGACGCCGUUCAGAAAAGGCCGCACGCCGCCGGGAAGACGUACCACUGCUCCGAGUGCCCGUCAUGCUUCGUGGACUAUUCCGAUUUUGUGAAACAUCACCGAGUCCACAAGGGCAAGAAGCUGCCGUGCUUUGAGUGCGGGAAGGUCUUCACCCGCAACUCUAGCCUGAUCAUACAUCAGAGAAUUCACACGGGAGAGAAACCCUUCGCGUGUUCCACUUGCGGGAAGUAUUUCACGACCAAGUCGGACUGCGUGGUGCACGAAAGGACUCACUCGCGGGAGAAGCCGUUCUCGUGCGCCGUGUGCGAGAAGACCUUCAGCCAGAAGUCGUAUCUCCUCAUACAUCAGAAGAUUCACACCGGCCUGAAGCCGUUCUCCUGCUCGGAGUGCGGCAAAUGCUUCAAGACCAAGGCGCAUCUUCUAAGGCACGAUGUCAUACACACCGGGGAAAAGCCCUUUUCCUGCCCGGAUUGUCACAAAUGUUUUACCGUGAAAUCGAGCCUUCUCCACCAUCAGAGAAUCCACGCGGCGGAGAAGCUGUUGACCUGCUUGAAGUGCGGGCAGCGCUUCGAGACCAAGUCUGAGUGCUUCGCCCACCAGAGGACUCACAAGGAGAAAACGUUUCUGUGCCCCGUAUGCGGCAAAGGUUUCAGCGAUAAGUCCGGUUUCGUCUACCACCAGAACAUCCAUACGGGAGAGAAACCCUACUCUUGCCCCCAGUGCGGGAAAUGCUUCAUCGCCAAGUCGGGCCUCGUCAACCACCAGAGGACUCACACCGGCGAGAAGCCCUUCUCCUGCUCCUUGUGCGGGAAGCGCUUCACUUCAAAGUCCAAUCUCGUCCGGCACGAAGUCAUCCACACCGAGGAGAAGCCCUUCUCGUGUCCCAGCUGCGGGAAAUGUUUCAACCUCAAAUCCAGUCUCGUCUACCACGAGAGGAUCCACACGGGAGAGAAGCCGUUCUCCUGCGCCGUCUGCGGGAAGUGCUUCACAGCCAAGUCCAGUCUCGCUUACCACGAGAAGAGUCACGUAGCGGCAAACUCGCAGCCAAACUCUGAGCACGGGACUAUAGAGACCCAGAAUACAUAG